AUGGGGGAUUUUGAGGUACGAGUGACAUCCAUUUUGGAGCAAAUGGCUAACUUGGCUGUGAUCGAAAUGAGCAGAGUUGUUUUCAACACGAAGCAAGAAAUGUCUCCGGUCGAGGACACUACAGUUUCAGUGGCGGAUAAAGUGACCCAUCAAGUCAACUCCUUCAUGACGCUGCUGGCUCAAGAGGCAGCUGACAGCAUCUGCUCCCUUUUCCAUGAAUGUUCAUCUUUACUGCGCUCACAAGUGAUGCAAGGGGAUGCACAGAUGGAGGACCUGAAGAGGAGGCUGAAUGUGGCUGAAGCAGCGCUGAGUAUACUGGUGACGGACUCUCAUACUGUGGGAGAAGUGGUGCAAAAGCAGGAACAAAACGACCAACCAGCCUUGGACACAUGUGUGUCCACUGACCUGAAGGGCAACUUGGACCCAAAUGAUGACAAUGAUCCAAACACUCAGGAGCUGGAAGACCCUAGUGACACAUGGCAAACAGGCCUGACCACAAAUUGCGUCCGAGUUGCGAAGAAGUGUGGCAUUAACUCCAGCAAACCACUUCAGCGACGAGCCCCCCGAAUAGCAUGUCGAGGCGACAGGAACUUUUCAUGUUCACUAUGCGGAUGCACCUUCACCCGCCAGCGCAGUCUCAAUGCGCACAUGCGGCAGCACACAGCUGAGCGCGCUUACACAUGUGAUGUGUGCUGUAAGGGCUUCACGCACAAAGAGAUACUACUGGACCACCAGCGCCUGCACAAGGACGAGCGUCCCUUCAAGUGCACGCAGUGCGACAAAAGCUUCUACCGAGCCAACGGCCUGAAGUUGCAUCAGCGCUUGCACGCCGUCCGCCGCAUGCGUACCGGUGUGCACCCCUGCAACGUCUGUGAGAAGACCUUCAGUCUACAAAGCAACCUGCGGCGCCACCUGCGCAUCCACACAGGCGAAAAGCCUUAUAGCUGCGACACCUGUGGAAAGUGCUUCACCCAAGCCGACACACUCAAGAGCCACAUCAGGAUGCACACGGGGGAGCGCCCGUUCAGCUGCGUCACCUGCGGGAAGUCCUUCAUGCAUAAGAGAACGCUUGAGGCUCACGCCGCCGACACCCCGCUGCCGUGUGUGGUGUGUGGCGCCACGGCGGCCUGCACAGAGGCGAUGCGCACUCACCUGCAAAUGCAUGACAACACCUUGCCAUGCGCCUGCUCGCUGUGUGGCCAUUGGCUGGCCACGGCGGCUGAGUUGCUAUCACACCAGCAGCAACACCGUGCGAUAGAGGGAGGACAUGGCUGCACCGUUUGCGGGAAAAAAUUCAAGUCGGCCAGCUACUUGAAGAUCCACGUCAAGGUACACAGCGGAAUCAAGCCUUUUUCCUGUGACAUCUGCCUCCGUGGCUUCUCGCAGCAGAGCAGCCUGAAGACGCACCAGACGGUACACACGGGUGAGAAGCCGUUCCCCUGCACUAUUUGCGAAAAGCGCUUCGGCAACCUGGGCAACAUGAUACGACACCGUCGCGUCCACACAGGCGAGAAGCCGUACAUUUGCGAGUUGUGCGGCCGCAGCUUCAACCAGAGCAACAGCCUCAAGGCCCACCAGCAGGUCCACACGGGCCAGAAGAAGUUCAUGUGUGACCGUUGUGGCAAGAGUUUUGGCUAUAGGAGGAACCUUUACAACCACAAAUGCUUCUCCUAUUGA